GCAGCUGAUGGUCCUCUCUCAUCAGCACGAGGAUUUCUGCACUGAGGAGGAAUUCAUGUGAAGUGGGAGGCGCCCGAGCGAGGCGAGCGGCACGACUGCUGGCCAAAUUCGACAAUUACCCUUGAUGAACACAGAUUGGUUUCACUUAACAGGCGCAGGUGCGUGGAGUUUGCGAUACGGCGCAGCUGAGCGAUUCCACGUUUCUGACUGUACGCUGACGCAUUUUAUGCCAAACAGAAACUACACGGAGAGAGGUUAUUGCAGCAGUUGAUUUUUUUCUUUUCUUCACGGGACAGGAUAGGCUACAUGUUGCAAUGGGAGCAGUUCCGAUACCCAUCCUAUUGCAGAAUCCGAAUUUAGAAGCAGGGCUAUCUUGAUUUGGAGAUCUAGCCUAUAGGCUGUAUCGGAAUUUGACCGCCGUGUCAUUGCCAAGUCCAAUAUCCGGCAGCUGAAAGGCAUCUUCUUAACGGCGAAGAGGAGAAGGGGGAAAAACUGUCCGCUUCACUACUCCCCAUCUGCGCCCUGGACGGCUUGAAAUGAGGACCACAUCCCGGCUGUGUUCCGUGUGAAGAGGCAAGUGGGGCGGCUGUUUCUUUGGCUCUUAAGGACGCAAAAAUAGUGGCCGCCGGCCGAGCUGCGAAGCAUGGAGCGGGACGACACCGACACCGUGAGCGCGUCCAAAAAGACAAUAAUUGCGAAGAUAUUUAAAGUUCGGAAGAGGAGAGAGAUGUUUUUCGUUCAGGUGUGCUUUAUCUGCAGUGCCCUCUUCGUGGCGUGGAGCAUGUCGGCGCUGUUGACCAAGACAGGCCAUGGGAUGUUAGUGGAGGGACAUCCGGACCCUGAACACUGGGGUAGACGGCUAAUGGCUUCGGUACCAGACAAUGAAACGGAGCAGAACUGUUCAGCGCCAGCAAUACACGAGUUCCCCACUGACCUUUUCACCACUGAUGAACGUAAAAGUGGGGCCAUUGUGCUCCACAUCGUGGCGGCACUCUACAUGUUCCUGGCCCUAGCCAUAACAUGUGACGAAUACUUUGUGACAUCGCUGGAGAAGAUCUGUGAGAAACUAGAUCUGAGUGAAGAUGUUGCAGGAGCCACCUUCAUGGCAGCUGGCAGCUCUGCACCAGAACUUUUUGCAUCUGUCAUUGGUGUCUUCAUCACCCACGGUGAUGUGGGGGUGGGGACCAUCGUUGGCUCAGCGGUCUUCAACAUCCUUUGCAUCAUUGGUGUCUGCGGGAUCUUUGCUGGACAGGUGGUGAUUUUGACCUGGUGGGCAGUCUUCAGAGAUUCCUUCUACUACAUCCUGUCUGUUUUGGCUUUAAUUGCGUUCAUCUACGACGGCAAGAUAGUUUGGUGGGAGAGUUUGAUACUGGUGGUCAUGUAUGCUGGAUACAUCCUUGUCAUGAAAUUCAACACCAGCAUGCAGAGAUUUUUCAUGGGGUCGAAGUCGAAAAAGAACGUGGCCAAUGGUAACGCUGCGGCCAGCAGUGAGAUGGAGGACGUCAAGCCCACCAAGGCUUACAGCCGUGGAUCAGUGGUGAUGGUGGACGAGAUCAUGAACGACAGCCCUUCGAAGUUCAGGUUUCCAGAAGCUGGCCUCCGUGUCAUGGUCACCAGCCAUUUUGGACCCAAGACCCGUUUGCGUAUGGCCAGUCGCCUCAUCAUUACAGAGCGCCAGAAGUUGGUCCAAGCUGCCAAUGGAGUGGAGACACAAGUGAUUGACGGGAAGGUAGAAAUCGAGAAUGGAAACGUGCCAGAGGACAAACCCACCGAGGCGCCGGAAAACGAUACAAUCUCGCCGUUUCAUGUUCCAAAGGGAAUUGGAAGCAAGUUGAAGUGGCUGAUAUCGUGGCCUCUUCUCCUGUUACUGUUCUUUACCGUCCCCAACUGUGCCAAGCCUCGCUGGGAGAAAUUCUUCAUGGCCUCCUUCAUCCUUUCCACUGUCUGGAUUGCAGUCUUCUCCUACUUGAUGGUCUGGAUGGUGACUGUAAUCGGGUUCACUCUUGGAAUCCCAGAUGUCAUCAUGGGCAUCACUUUCCUGGCAGCAGGCACCAGCGUCCCAGACUGCAUAGCCAGUCUCAUUGUGGCUCGGCAAGGUUUGGGAGACAUGGCGGUGUCCAACACUAUUGGCAGUAAUGUGUUUGAUAUUCUCGUGGGACUCGGGGUUCCCUGGGCGAUACAGACCAUGUGUGUGAGCUAUGGAUCAGAGGUGAUGAUUAACAGUCGGGGCCUGGUGUACUCUGUGGUGCUGCUGCUGGGCUCUGUGGCCCUUACGGUGCUGGGGAUCCACCUGAAUAAAUGGAGGCUGGACGUGAAGCUGGGCGUGUACGUCCUGGUGUUGUACGCCAUCUUCCUCUGCUUUUCCGUCAUGAUUGAAUACAACGUAUUCACCUUCGUCAACCUGCCCAUGUGCAUGGAGGAGUAAAGCACAGCAGCAUGGCUCGGAUACCAAAACCUCAACGCUCCAAUAGCAACCCCAAAAUCGUAUCUUUUUUUUCUAUUUUUUUCUUUUUCAAUAAUACUGGACCUAUCUGCAGACUUUUUUUUUUCUCUUCUUCUCUCUUGUGCUCUUUCUUGUAAUCCUUUUAGUCCCAAAAAUGAGCUUAAUUUCCUCAAGAGGCAGUACACACACUAAGAGUGGGCUCCAUUCUAUGUCUCUAAUUUGUCCUCUUGUCACACAGUGCCGGUCCUUAAUUCCCAUUAUUUCGGGCAUUGCCUGUUAUUGCAGUAAAGUCUUUAGUUCCUCUGUGCGCCUGUUAACUUUCUACCCAUCUAGCAUGCCUUUUAGAUGUCGGGGAUCUCCAAAAUCAUAAGUGCCCCUGUUGAUAGUUGGUGUGUAUUUUCACUGUUUUCACACUGUAGAUUUCCACACAUCAUUUCCAAAGCCUUUCCACAAACCAAACCAGUGUCUGUAAAGAAGAAGAAAACACCCUUUGAUUCUAACCAAAACCAUCACAUAGAGAUGACUCCCUUUGAACUUAUUCCUAAAAGAAUUACAGUUACCCCAGCACCCAAAGAUAAAAAAAAUGCACUCCUUUUUCCCUCUCGACCCCAUGGAGGAGGGCCUUGUCCUUGGCAGCUCCCCUCCUCCAGUCUGGACCGACUCCCCUGGCAUGGCCUUUGGCAUCAGGGAGCAGAUACUGUUAGCGCUUCACUUCAGUCACCCUACGCAACAAUUCUCAACCCUCAUCUGCUUGAUCAAAUCUGCUUUUUCUAAAAAAAAAAAAAAAAGAAGACGUUUUGUCGGGACACUUUAUGUCAAGAUGUAUCACCGUCCAGAUCAGAUGACUCUGAGGGUGUUAUGCAUAUGCAACACUGCACAAUAUAAACUUGUAAACACUUUUUUUUUUUUUUUUUUUUUUUGUAUUUACUUUUUUCAAACCAAGGUUUUGUCUAGUAUGAAAUGAGGAGGAGAGCUUGUUGCAAAUAUAGGACAUUGCCUGUUUUUCACUGAAACCAAUUGCACAUGGAAAUGCUUUUCUUGCUUUGUGCUGUAAGGAGAUUUGACCACUCAGAGAGGUAUCUGGCUGGUGCUGGCAGACUCCCCACCCACCCCCCAGCAUUAUGUUCAUUCAGCGAUGGGUCAGUCCACUUUUCCCUCUGCACAACUUCAGAAAAAAACCUGUCUCCCGAUCUCUGGGAUGCAUUGGAUUUUUGUCAUCGUCAGGUGACUUGUUGUCAUCUUGAGACAGCAGCAGCAUGGAGGUCGUUUUAAAACAAAUGCAACCAGACGGUUAUCAACACUGACUGUCUGCUAUAACACCCUCUGGCCAGUAGGGGGUACCGCAGCCCCUCUACCCAGGACGGGGUUGCCAACCACAUCAGGGAAACUCGGAGAUGGACAACUCCAGGAGAUGGUGGUGGUCUCUUGAUUUUGAGUUACAUGUAGAUAUUGCACUUUAAUGGCCGUCCUCUCAUUCUAAAUCAACUAGUGCUUCCUUCUAUGCGUGUGUAUUUUCUCUCUGUGUGUGUGUGUGUGUGUGUGUGUGUGUGUGUGUGUGUGUGUGUGUGUGUAUGGGCCCACGCUACGUUUCCCACACUGGGCUUUCAACUCUCGACAGACUGGAAACUCUUAACACCAUGAGCACAGCCGCCUCUGUCUGCAGUGCAUGCUGGGACAUUAAACGCAGCUCCUCCACAGCGCAGCAAAAAGGCUGAGGGCUUCUGGGCGUCUCCAUGGACACCGCCCGACCCACUUUACAAAAAUCGGCAGCUACGAGCACCACUGCAAUCCAGACAUUUUGACAUCAUGCAAAAAUGCCUGUGAGGAGUCCGUAAGUGAGGUGCAGAGACUAAAAAGCGUGUGCGGAGUGUUGAAAAUAUUCCUCUGCCAGACAGUUGGCAGCAGGCACUUGUAUAUGCAAUCUCAAUUUGAAGAAUUCUAUGUGACAGAAGGCCCCUGCAAGGUUGCCAUAUAAAGACGGGGUAUCCCGUGGAGAUGUGACGUCGGUUUGUCUAGUACUUGAUGUGUGAGCUCACAGGUGUGUGUGUUUGUGACAGCCAAUAAACUGAGCCCAAAGGAUGGAUGGUUUCUGGAACAGUGGCUUUGAGGGAACUCUCUCCUCCCGUUUUUCCUCUUUCUGCACUCGAGUUCCCCUCUUGCACAAGGGCAUUAACUCUCCACCAACCCAAGCAGAAGGAGCAGAGGGGCAGCAGGGACUGCAUGGACGGAUAGUUUUCCUCCGCCGUCCUGGGACGUUGUCACUUUUUAAAGAACCUGGAUGAGAACAGACUUUAAGGAAUUUAAAAAAAAAAGAAAAAAAAAAAAAGUUGGACAUCCUUAAGCUGCUACUCUAUCAGGGUUCAAAUGAGUUUGUUUACUGGACAGAGGUGACCACACAGGGCCUACAGACGUAUCCACACACCUACUAACUGCUUGUACACCACCCUUUCUCCCCCUCAACCCUUUCAGUGGGUAUUCUGAACAUACAGGACCUACUUUUUUGAUGCUUUUUGUGGGGAAGGCACAUCUGUACUGUACUUGAGUUGAUUCAGAAUGUGCAGUGUUUUUUUUUUUUUUUUCAUAUUUUAGUUGUUGCUCUGUGUGGUCAUGUCCCGGUUGCCAGCUUUGAGUGGUAACACCCACAGGUGAGGAAAAAAACUGCUCCUCUUUUUUGUCCUCAUCUUGCCACACAGCGUACGUUCUCACCGGCUGUCUAACUCGCAUCUUUGUUACCAAGUCACUUUUUUUAAAGAGGAAAAAAAUGAGUAGAAUUCCAAUGCCAUACAUGUCGUAUCUCUGCAAAAAUCCAGAUUGUAUGGAAAUCCUGUGUACAAAAUAAGCGCACACACUUUAGAACAAACACGUUAGAAAUGGCAAAUGAACACAAGAGAGGACCGGUAUGUAUUUCUUGAUUGAAUGCGACCUGAUGCACUGUGAGCUCAAUGUGACGUGGGAGUUGUUUGUCAAGAAUAAUAAUUGAUUAAAAAAUAUAUUUAAUGUAUAGUAAUUAUAAAACAUAACUGAGGACAUCUGUAUAACUUAUAUGAAUGUAUUGUCUUGCUAUAGGCCUACUGGACAUAUCCAAUCAAUGCAUUUUACUGUAAAGCAAUAAUGUGAAGAAAAAAAAUAAAAUGGCAAAUAAUUCCUGUACAUUUGUCUCAUAAGUUCUUGGAUUGUUUGUGAAACAAAAAUUAAAUGAAGCCAUUUGUACAUGUA